AUGGAGCCGCCAGAUAAACUCACCAAAAAUGUGGUAUCGUACGCCGAUGCUGUUCGUCGUCCCAGAAGCCAACCUCCAUCGCCCUGGUCUACUAGCCCAAGGAAAGACUCCAAAUGGGAUCAAGUCACCAACAAGAAAAAGAAAUCAUCCAAGGCGGGUCAAAAGAAGUGCCCGAAAGGGAACUGGAGAACCGUCGAGGAGCCCGAAACCGAAUCGACGAAAUGGACCGAACCGGCAAAGCCCACCACAUCUACGUCCUGCGAUCCGGCUCCGACCCAGGACGCCGAACAGCCGCCGAAGGCAACGUUUUCGUAUGCUGAGGCUUUGAAGCGCAAGGCCUUUACGCCCGUACUCCAUUCCGAGGACAAGAGUGCCAGCACCAAGCAGGAUCCAGAACCAACCCUUCCACCCCUUGCCGGGGUUGCCUUGCCCAAGGUACAGGCGGGACGGGCUAAAGCAAAACAAGUGGAGGGUUCGGCUUCCACGGCAGGGGACAAUAAAAAGGUUGGAGAUGAUGUUCGCGCAUUCCAGGGCGGUGAGCAAGGUUCGGUCGAGGAGACCCAACAACAAAACACAGGAGAUCUGGAUCGGAAACAGUCUGGCUCUGCCACUCGGCGCAACCGAGAGAAGAAACUAGAAAAUGCAGCUGGGACGAAGAAGCCAGGCAUUUCUAUCCGGUACGAUCAGACACACAUCCAGCGGGGUAAAGAGGCGAUAAGGUUCAAUGCUCCUACGGGAAGCGAUUCGAACCAGCCCACAACCGUCAGUCAAGCAGGAACAUUCCAGAUGGAUGAUUGGAGGAAGGCGCUGAUCGACCUCCACGAUCGAGGCGAUAUUUCGCUAUGGGAUAAUCAAUAUGACUCGGAUGUCUCCAUCGAGUGUCAGGGCUACUCUUGGAAAGUCCAUCGCGAUAUCAUUUGCCGUGAUUCGGACUGGUUCAAGGAGAAGCUGGCAGCAACUGGCAAGGGCGAUAAGCGAUAUGUCUCCUUGGACUGUUCCGAAGUAGACCCAAUGCAAUUCGCCAACGCCCUUCAUUACAUGUAUCAGGACGCUCCCCAUAGGAAACAGAUGCGCAUGCGCAGCCCGCUCGAUGGCGAACCCCUCGCCCACGCCGUCUUCAACUACAUCUGCGGGGCCGCCGUGAACCACCAGCCCAUGCAAGAUGCGGCCAUCAACGCGCUUUACGACGCCGCUCUGCAGCUGCACAUCUUCUUCCACCAGACCCCGACCUACGUCCUACGCCACCUCAGCCUGUCGACACUGUACAAGCCGCUCGCCACCGCCCUGACCAUCGUCUUUGAGCAAGGUCCCCGGAAGAACAUGCACUCCCUGCGCGUGGUCAUGGCGCACCUCUGUGAUGUGUCGCUGAUGUGGAUGGUGCUUAACGAGGGGUUUCAGCGCGAGAUGGAGAAGGAGUGGAUGCCCAAGCUGAUGCUGAAUGUGGUGCGGGAUUCGAUCUGGUUUGGGGGCUCAGAUGGGGUGUUGGCUGAUCUAUUCGAGGAGAUGCAGCUAGCCGCGAAUGAGAGACUAGAGAAGCACAAAGAAAAGGAGAAGGAACACGAUUUCGAAGUCUGGAAUGACAGGAAUGACGGCGCGGAUUCGAGUGUCACUGCGAGCGAAGCUGUGGACCCGAAUUCGAGCACAUCUGGCAGCGACUGGGGACAACCAAUCCUUGACGGCGAGACUCGCAGGAGUGAUGGUCCAUCCGAGGACUCUCAACCUCCACAGAUCAUACUGGAGGCAGACGUGUCCGAGGCUGGGGCGUACGAGCUCUGGCGGGAUAAUAUCGGCACCAGAACACACAGCCACUUUACCUCGGGCCCGUGGAGAGUGCCGCGGUCCAUUAUAGAUCCGGUCAGAAACCCGGGUGGGACCUACUUGGAUACUCACUUAGCAGGUCUCAUUACGAGGGAACCGCCCACCGAUAUCGAAAGCUUUGACUCGACUCGGAACCACGGCCGCGCCUCGGAUGGGGAUGAUGCUUCUCAGCUCGACGAGGAUGACCCGGAGCCGGCGAGCCCAUCCUCCGAAAAUCCGACCACGACUCUCGCCGACGAUGUCGAUAGUAUGUAUUACCGGAGCCCUUUCGAUCUAUUGGGGCCUCUAGCGUAUCACUUCUUUCGAUGA